AUGUUGUUGAAUUCGACUGUACUCACUCUUAGGAGUGUGUCGGCCAAGAAUUGUAAGUUUUCUUAUUGGUUUGCUUAUUUAUAAUGCCUAUUUCUGUUUUUCAUAUUUGGCUCUUUAGUGGCCGCACUGUCAAUCCGUCAACUCUCAACGGAUAAACCUGCUGAAAAGACAACUUUCGGAAAUUUAAAGGACUCGGAUCGUAUCUUUACCAACUUGUACGGUCGACAUGAUUAUCGUCUCAAGGCUUCUAUGGCUAGAGUAAGUGUAGUUUUGGUCAAUUUGAUUUUUUGUUUAGGGUGAUUGGUAUAAAACAAAGGAGAUCAUCUUGAAAGGAGCUAAAUGGAUCCUAGGAGAAGUCAGUACAUCUGGAUUGAGAGGUCGUGGAGGAGCUGGAUUCCCUUCUGGAAUGAAAUGGGGAUUCAUGGGGAAGCCUUUUGAUGGCCGGUGAGUGGCAUCCAAGAUUAAACUUACUGGGCUCUACCUUUUUGUUAGCUUAGUUAAAAUGAUCUAUUUUGGUCCGAUCAUGUAUUUAUAUUACACUUAUAAUGCUUAUUGACUAAAAUCUUUCAGCCCAAAGUACUUAGUUGUAAAUGCCGAUGAAGGAGAGCCUGGUACUUGCAAAGAUCGUGAAAUUAUGCGUCAUGAUCCACACAAACUGAUCGAAGGAUGUCUAAUUGCCGGUGUAGCAAUGGGAGCUCGAGCCGCCUACAUUUACAUCAGAGGAGAGUUCUAUAAUGAAGCCGUCAUCCUUCAAGAAGCCAUCAAUGAAGCCUACAAAGCUGGAUUCUUGGGAAAAGAUUGCCUUGGAACUGGAUAUAAUUUUGAUGUCUUUGUUCACAGAGGAGCUGGCGCGUAUAUUUGUGGUGAAGAAACGGUAAGGAACUUUAUGAAUAUUAUUGUUUGAAAUUUAGGCUCUGAUUGAAUCGAUCGAAGGAAAGCAAGGCAAGCCCCGUCUGAAGCCCCCAUUCCCAGCUGAUAUCGGAGUCUUUGGUUGUCCAACUACCGUAACCAACGUUGAAACUGUAGCUGUUGCUCCAACGAUCUGUCGCCGAGGUGGCGCUUGGUUUGCACAGUUUGGACGUGAACGUAAUCGUGGAACCAAGUUGUUCUGCAUCUCUGGUCAUGUAAACAACCCAUGCACUGUGGAAGAAGAGAUGUCGAUUCCGUUGAAAGAUCUGAUCGAAAGACAUUGUGGAGGAGUUAUCGGAGGUUGGGACAAUCUUCUGGCCAUCAUCCCCGGAGGCUCCUCAGUCCCUCUUCUCCCCAAGAGUGUCUGUGAUGAUGUUUUGAUGGACUUUGAUGCCUUGGUUCAGGCCAAAUCUGGUCUGGGAACGGCUGCUGUGAUUGUAAUGAACAAACAAGCGGAUGUAGUCAAAUGUAUUGCUCGAUUGUCGUUGUUCUACAAGCACGAGAGUUGUGGACAAGUAAGUAUUUUUUGUUUGUUUUGAAUUCUGAUCUUAGUGCACUCCAUGCCGAGAGGGAUGUAAUUGGCUGAACAAGGUGAUGUGGCGCUUCGUGAAAGGAAAGGCCCAGCCAUCAGAAAUCGACGCCGUAUGGGAAUUGACGAAACAAAUCGAGGGACACACGAUCUGUGCGCUUGGAGAUGCUGCUGCUUGGCCAGUUCAAGGUCUGAUCCGUCAUUUCCGCCCCGAAUUGGAACGUCGGAUGGCCGAGUACGCCCAGAAAGCGCCUGAAGUUGUUAGCAAGAUCGCAGGAGCCCAUUGA